AUGACCCCAUCGCAAUUUGAGCUGUUUAUGCGCCGCCUGAUCAAGAUGAAGACACCCAAAGCUCCAUUCCAGGUUCUCGAAUACUAUGCUGGGGUGGCACGGAUCGCUACCUUGGCAAAGCACUAUGCCUUCAAAUUUGCCGGCAAGAUGGUGCGGGUGAUGGACCAGGCACGGCGUGAUGCUGCGCAACGUCCGCCCCGCAUAGUGACUUCAUUCGAUUCUCUCAUCACACUCUUUACGAACAUGGAGUGGUGCAAUGAGUCAAUAGCAUGGGACGAAGAGGGAGAUCUUCGCGAUGCCAUCAGGUAUGCACGGGGUUCAAAAAAACUUAGCAUUCCUCCAGAAUGGAGGGAUGCACUUCCAACCACUAUUCCUCCCUUGCAGCCGUGA